CAGGAGAGUGCAGAAAGCGCCUGAAAACUAUCUCCACUCUUUCUCAGAUCAAACCCAAAACCAAAAACCCUAGCUUUCUCUCUCAUCCAUUUCUCUCCCUCCUCGAGCAUCUACAAUGGCUGCGAUGAUGCAACCGCAAAUCAUUCUGUUGAAGGAAGGUACGGACACGUCGCAGGGGAAGCCGCAGCUUGUGAGCAACAUCAAUGCGUGCACGGCGGUUGCCGACGUGGUCCGCACGACGCUCGGACCGCGAGGGAUGGACAAGCUCAUCCACGACGACAGGGGAAACGUCACCAUUUCCAACGACGGCGCCACAAUUAUGAAGCUCCUCGAUAUCGUUCAUCCGGCCGCGAAGAUCCUCGUCGAUAUCGCUAAGUCUCAGGACUCCGAGGUUGGUGACGGGACAACUACAGUUGUUCUGCUUGCAGCAGAGUUUUUGAAGGAGGCCAAGCCAUUUAUUGAGGAUGGUGUUCACUCUCAGAACUUGAUCAGGAGUUAUCGCACUGCCUCCACUUUGGCCAUUGAGAAGAUCAAAGAACUUGCCACUAGCAUUGAGGGCAAAAGUGUAGAAGAAAAGAAAAGUCUGCUGGGUAAAUGUGCUGCUACCACACUUUCCUCAAAGCUUAUUGGUGGAGAGAAGGAAUUCUUUGCACCGAUGGUUGUUGAUGCUGUAAUGGCUAUUGGGAAUGAUGAUAGGCUAAAUUUGAUUGGCAUAAAGAAGGUUCCUGGUGGUAAUAUGCGUGACUCUUUUCUAGUUAAUGGUGUUGCUUUCAAGAAGACAUUUUCCUAUGCGGGUUUUGAACAACAGCCGAAGAAGUUUCUCAAUCCCAAGAUAUUAUUGCUUAACAUCGAGUUGGAGCUGAAAUCCGAAAAGGAAAAUGCUGAAAUUAGGCUCUCAGAUCCAUCGCAGUAUCAGUCAAUAGUUGAUGCAGAAUGGAAUAUCAUUUAUGACAAGUUGGACAAAUGUGUGCAGAGUGGAGCAAAAGUUGUGCUUUCUCGUUUGGCUAUCGGUGAUCUAGCUACUCAGUAUUUUGCAGAUCGUGACAUUUUCUGUGCUGGCCGUGUGGCGGAAGAAGAUCUUAAUCGUGUGGCUGGCGCCACUGGAGGAACAGUCCAGACGAGUGUUAACAACAUAAUUGAUGAGGUUCUUGGAACUUGUGAGCAGUUUGAAGAAAAACAGGUCGGGGGAGAGAGAUUUAACAUAUUCAGUGGUUGUCCUUCAGGACAUACGGCAACUAUAGUCCUUCGUGGUGGAGCUGAUCAGUUCAUUGAGGAAGCUGAGCGGAGUUUACAUGAUGCGAUUAUGAUUGUGAGAAGAGCUUUGAAGAACUCCACUGUUGUUCCUGGGGGUGGUGCUAUUGAUAUGGAGAUAAGCAAGUAUUUGAGGCAACAUUCACGGACAAUUGCUGGCAAAUCACAGCUAUUCAUCAACUCUUUUGCCAAAGCUCUUGAGGUUAUUCCUAGGCAAUUAUGUGACAAUGCUGGGUUUGAUGCAACUGAUGUCCUUAACAAGCUCAGACAAAAACAUGCAAUGCCAAGUGGUGAAGGGGCAUCCUAUGGAGUGGAUAUCAACACUGGUGGAAUAGCCGAUUCAUUCGCUAAUUUUGUCUGGGAGCCAGCUGUCGUUAAGAUUAACGCAAUAAACGCUGCUACUGAAGCAGCUUGCCUCAUUUUAAGCGUGGAUGAAACUGUGAAAAACCCUAAGUCGGAGAGCGCACAAGGAGAAGCAGCUGCUAGUGCGAUGGGCAGAGGUCGUGGUCGCGGCCGUGGAAUGAGGAGGCGAUAGAUAAAAGCUGUCUUUCUUCUACCCUUUUUUUGCUGUAUCAAAUUUCAGUGACUAAUGGGGGCUCUCUCUAUGUUUAAUUUUGUUGACAUUGAUCUUCAGCUCUGAAGGUCUGUUUAGAAGUGCUGCCUUAGUUAUACUAUACACAUGUUCAUAUGCUUGAGGGAGGUGGAGAAAGCUUUUAGGUUUGUUUUUAGAACACCGUUGUCAAGCCCAUACAGUUACAAUUUAGUUGUGGUUGUGUUGGGAAAUC